UACACUAACUGUAAAUCGCUCUGAAUAAGAACCCCUUAUAAAAUGAAUAACAUUUGAAUAAUUUCCCAUUUGAAGGAAUAUAGUGUUGCACAGGACUGUCUGUAUACCUGAAAUGGUCUCCAGAGCGCGCUAUUGGAUAUCGACUAACGAGGAAGAAGGGUGACUACGUAAACAAACUGGUCUGUCAGACGGGUGGGUAGCAGAUGGUGCCAAUUGGCUGCAUAAAAAACGACAUAUAUCUACACUCAAUAAUCUUUCUGAAAAGCCGUAUCCACGCUAGCCGUGAGGGAUGAGCCACCGGUCAGAACGUCGUGGGAUCCAUGUGGACCAGUCAGAGCUGCUGUGUACGAAGGGAUGUGGUUUCUAUGGCAACACGGCCUGGCAGGGCCUCUGCUCCAAGUGCUGGCGGGAGGAGUACCAACAAACCAGACACAAACAGAUCCAGGAGGACCAUGCACUGGCAGAGAGGUUACAGAAGGAGGAGGAGGCAGCGUAUGCUAACAACCACCAGGGGGCAGCCCAGCCCCAGCCUGCCAUCGCACCCUUCAGCAAGUUUGAAGAGAGGAAAACCAAGGAGAAGUCACGUAAAGUCAACACAAUGACUAAGUUUUUCACUCCCUCAACAAAGACACCGCCCAAGAAAGAAUCCGUCCCUGGCGAGGCCCUGUCGACCCCCAGCCCCUCAGUGAGCCGCAAGCCCUUAGAGACGGACCGCACCACACGAGAGUUCAUCGACUUCCUCAAGACACUGAAACCUGGCAGGGAGAUCUUCAAACAGUGCCGAGCCUUCACAGAGAGCAUGGCCUACAAGAGGGACCUGGGUGCUGAUGAGCUGUCUGAGUGUGUUCAAGACUUCUACCAGAACCUUUCAGAUCGCCUGCACACACACUUCAAAGGGUCGUCCGAGCGCGUAGAGAGUGUGAUGGACGAGGUAGAGAGGUACAUGAUGACACGUCUCUACGAGGAGUUCUUCUGUCCUGAGACCACAGACGAUGAGAAGAAAGACCUGGCCAUUCAAAAGAGAAUCAGUGGGUGGGGGUGGCUGGGUUGCAGGGCCUUGCAUUGGGUCACCAUUGAGAUGCUGUGUGUCCCUGUGGAUGAGGAGAUUCCAGAGGUGUCUGAUAACGUGGUCAAAGCCAUCACAGACGUGAUCGAGAUGGACUCGAAGCGUGUGCCCAGGGACAAGCUGACCUGCAUCACACGCUGCAGUAAGCACAUCUUCAAUGCCAUCAAUACCACCAAGAAGGAGGCGGCAUCUGCUGAUGACUUCCUGCCCACCCUCAUCUACAUCGUCCUGAAGGCCAACCCUCCGCGACUGCAGUCCAACAUCCAGUACAUCACCCGCUUCUGUAACCCUAGCCGCCUCAUGAGCGGAGAAGACGGAUACUACUUUACCAACCUGUGCUGUGCGGUGGCCUUCAUAGAGAAGCUGGAUGGCCAGUCUCUGAACCUGAGCGUUGAGGAGUUUGAGCUCUACAUGUCAGGCCAGGCGUCUCCCCAGCGUCCCCAGGCUGCCACCUCCCCCGCCUGUAGUGCUGCUUUCAGCCAGAUGAACGAGAGUCUGGACCUAUUGACGGGGCUGGGCGUGAGGCAGGAACGCGUCAUGGAGGGGGCUCGCCGCCUGGAGAGUGACCUCAUCGACUGGAGGGAUGGGGUAGAGCACAAAGUGCAGGAUGUGAUGGAGAGGUUCCCCCUGGAAAUGCACCCCACCGCUCCCCCCACCGCCUCUUCUGCCAUAGAUGCUGACAACGUGGAAAACGACCACCUACCUUCUCCUCUCCAACCCCAGUUGUUUGCCGGCUGACCCCCCUUCCUCUUUGGACUUGUUACUCUCUCUCUCCACCAUGGAAAGUGUCUCCUGUCCUUAUGCACAUAUAGGUUCCUUCUAAUGGAUCCAAGAAAUAUAACUCCAACCCUCCCCAUUGUAUGCACACUUAAAAUAGAUGCUUGCAGUCGCCUGAACCCCAGUACUCCGAAAUAGCCAACUUUCUCGGUCUGUCUUCCCCACUGAUUGGUAAGAGGACAAGAUGAAUUGCAGGCAUAUUACCUUCAUCCAUGGUCAUGAAUGAAAGGAGAUGAGGAAAGGAAGCUUUAAGAGUAUUGGGGCACAGAUCAUUGAUCUUUCCCUCCUUUGUCCCCUAUAUUACUCCUCCUGACUGAAUCCAAGUCAGAGUACAGAAGCCCAAGCGAGAGGGAUCUGUUGGGGUCACGUGAGUGUAUGUGACCACGACCAAAUUUCCCCUGAAGAUGUCUAUAAAUAAGUAUGUGUGUGUGUGUGUGUGUGUGUGUGUGUGUGUGUGUGUAGUUUCAUUUCCCUGCCAAACCUGUUCAGUCAUGCGCUUAGUUUGAGGAAGUUAUUUUAUUUUUCUAUUGUUCAGGCUAUAGUCUUCUGAGAGGGGAUAAUGAUCUUUAACCUAUUCAAAUGGCAAGAUUGAUACUGUAGCUCAAAGUUUACAUUUUGUCUGUAAGAAAUACGUGAUUUGCAAUUCAGAAUAUAGGAGAUACUAACAGUCACUUCUCUCUUGUUUGGCCUUGUUUGACUGCUGAACAGCUGCUUCUUCAGAAGAACAGAGAAAGGGUGCAUAUUUAGAAUGGUUAUAUCUAAGAAGAGUACUUUUAGUAAGGUCUUUAUAUUAUUUUACAGUGGUGUAUAUUAUUUGUACAAAUGUAUUGGAGGUAAAUGUUGCCAAACAGAAUAGCCAUAACAAUGUUGAUCUCAGCUCCAUGUAGUAACCAUUCAUUCUGGAUCAGAUGGAUAUAUGAAGGAAGAGUAGACAUUGAGUUGAAUGAGUAGUAUCUUUGAUACAACAGAAAGGUCCAUUUACAUACUACCUAAUAUAUUUUCUGUUCUUUUAUCAUGUUUCAUUUUAUUACAUUUGUAACUAUCAGAACAGUGUACAAAUGCUGGCCAAAUCCUGGUUGCCAAAAUCCAUUCAAUCCAAUUUAAAAACUAACUGAAAUAACUAGGCAUUGGAUAGCACACACCAAUCAAUGAGCAGGUAUUUUUUAAAGGAAUGUUUAAAAAAAAAAGUAUAUAUCUCACACACACACACACACACACAUCUGUACCACCUUGUAGGUUUGUUUUUGUAUGUUGAAGGAGUAACUCAACAUUGUCUUGUAUUUUAAUGUAACUUAUUGAGACCGUUUUGUUUUAUAGUGUCCAUAUGGGUUUGUGUUGAUGAAUAAAAUAACUCAAAAGCU